AUUAAAAACAAGCAAAAUUAUUUUUAGGUUUGGUUUUUGGUUUUUCAUUGGCGCGAAUUUUCUUUUCUGUUUUUAUCAUAUUUGCUGUGCAAUAUUGAGGCUGCCUUUGUGGAAGAAUGGACAAGUUUCUCCAGCGAAACCCCACGUGGAAAACGAAAACAUACGAAGCAGCCGUGGCUACCGCCGCGAAGAAGAAGCCGCUGGUCGGACCCGUGUCAAAGUCCCAGGCGUCCCCCGCUCGAAAGCCGUUGCAAGAGCAGGCAGAUUCAAACUUUUUGCCGCACAAGUUGCCUCCAAAGUCUCUCUCCCAGGGGACGGCAGAUACCCUGCUAAGCAAGGAACGCCAGAAGCUGCAGCAGCCGGACGGCAUCCAGACCAUCCAGUUGGCCGUGGCCAAGGCCAUAGAACAGCAUCGUUCUGAGUCCCAAGCAACGGUGCAAGAGUCUAAACAACCAGAGCCACCUGCUAGCUUAUCCACACCCACCAGACAAGAUCGGCAUUGGGCCCGCCUCCAAGAAGAUCUCAACAGUCCCAAUGCAGCACUGCGCCUGCGUGCCAUAAGGGCAUUGAAGAGUCCCACGAAAAGUGCAUACAACCACUUUGAUGUUUCGCACACCGAGCAGAGCAUCAUCACAGAGGAAGAUCGUAAUCCAAAGGAACCACCCACUUUAACGGAGCUGCUCAAGGAUGUGAUAGUCUAUGUAGAAGUACGCACUGGCAACGAUAAUCGUUCAGAGGGUGUCAAGACAAUCAUUGGCAAGAUGGGAGCUCAAAUAAACGACCGUCUCACACGCAACACCACCCAUGUAGUCUUCAAAGAUGGUCUUCUCUCGACGUACAAAAAAGCGACCGAGUGGAACAUACCAGUCGUAUCGAUUCUGUGGAUUGAAGCAUGCAAGGUGCAGCGCAAGUUGUGUGACCCCCUGAUGUUUCCCAUCAGCAACAUGCGCAUGUACGAGUAUCCAGAGCUGUUCGGCAAAAUACCGCGCGUGCGUUGCAUGCAACCGGACUCGGAACUGAGCAAACGACCUCGCAAGCAAAAGGGCACACCCACAUCCUCAAAGGACAAUGAGCCAGCUAAGCCCAGUAACCUGCAAAGCACUCCGACCUCAACACCAAAGAAUGACAUCAGUCGCUUCUUCAGAGCCUUGAACAAAGCCAAACAGGUUGAAGAUACUGUUGAAUCGCCAGCCACGAAUCUUCUCAACAGGAUAAGCAGUGGCUGUUACACUCCGAUAUCUGCCGCUGGAACCACGCCACGCAAUUCGAAGGGAAUCAAUGGCAGUGGAGAUGCUGCAGUGGUCGAACAUAUGGACACCCAAACGAAGUUGACCUUCAUACAUGCUACAGGCGAAAGUACGGCUCCGCCUUUAAGCGCUCCGCGCCCACGACGUAGCACAGUUGAACCUUCCAAAUCGACGCCGCCAACUCGCACUAGUCGUCGUCGCAGUUGUGCAGCGGAGAUUAGCAGUCAAGAACCUAGAAUGACCAGACGACGAAGCUCGCUUCAUAUUAAUUCGAAUAACGCUUCAGUUGAGACACCUGCUCCUGUGAUCGAGCCAAGAAUGACUCGUCGGAGAAGCUCUUUACAUUUGGCUGGAAAACUUCCCGAGGAUGCUGUGCCCCAUCAAACCAUUGAAACUAUUUCCGAGGAGCUGGCUCCCGAGGAGCAAAACAGAAACUCAGUUGUUAUGGAGAAGAUUCAAAUUCCCAACAGAACGGAUUACUUGGAGCAAUCGUUAGACAUAAGCGCGGUCCAAUCUGGGGCCACCCACAAAGUAGAUAGACGUGGUACACUACACACAUCGGAAUUGAUGGAUAUUACAUGUCCUCGACGCCUCAACGUGGCUACGUCCAGCUCCGAGCUAAGGGAUGUAAUCGUGCCAGAAGUCAGGCCUUCACUUAACUCUGUGACAACGCAGACAUCCAGCUUCAUAGUGGAAGAACCCGUAACCCCUCUGUUCAGCUCGACUCGUUUGCCAAACACCAAGUCGACUGGAAAUCGCAGGCGCACUAUCUUCAACAUGGACAUGGAUGUAAUCAAUGAAAGCAUAGAACGGAUCAACACAUCACACCGCAUGUCAAUGGCUAUGGCCAGUGAAGCUGAGUUGGGUGAGUGCCGCCCCCAGCUACGAGAGCCAGUUCCGUCUCAGCCAGAGGAAUCAACACCGAGAGAGCCCAAGAGGCGUCUUCUAUUCAAUCCUAAUGACGAGGUUGUCGUAACCCCACAGAUGUCGAAUAAGAAGAGUCGGCUUAGUAUUACAGGUUCGACGGGAUCAGUCCAGAAACGGCGCCGUUCGUUGGCAAUGCCGCCAAGCACCACUUCAAGUCUGAACGUAGCAGCCAUUACAUCAAACAACGAAAAUAAGGGAGAAUCGGCCAAUGAAUCCACUACCGAAAGCUUUGUCGAUGCCGAACUGCCAGUGGAUGCAAAUGCUACAUCGACGGUAACUGCAGAUGGAAGUGUCCAGCAUAAGGCCAAACGGUCGCGUAUCCGCACUCUGGUUCACACUAAUAUGCAUCAAGAGCAGAUCCAGGUCAUCCACAAGGCUCUGCGCAAAUUGCGUGGCAUGCGUCUGGAUCCCACUGUAACUCAGCGUACCACCCACCUGGUUAGCCUGGAGCCGCGUCGCACCUUGAACCUGCUGCGUGGCCUAAUGCGUGGCGUCUGGAUCGUCAACUACCAGUGGGUGUUGGCGUCAAUGCGGGCCGGCAAGUGGGUCAACGAAGAGCCAUAUGAACUCACCAGAUUUUCGCGAGCCAUUGAGAUUUGCAGGACAGAGCGCCAGGCCUUUGGGGUUCACUACCAGUGUGAGCUGUUCCGCUUUAUGGAACCCUUCUAUGUGUCCUCGCUUUGCCAGCCGAUACAGUUCAACAACAUGAAGGAGCUGUUGCUGCUGGGCGGAGGCAAACUGACUGAAAACCGCUUCAAGGCGAAGUACAUUAUUGGCGACAAGCGGCGCGCCGAGGAUGAACGGAUAUACUUGUCGCCCUACUGGGUGCUGGACAGCAUCACCAAUAUGCAGAUUCAGAGAUUCGGCAAAUACCUGAUGAAAAGCGCAAUUAUAACACCAGCAGGCAUACGGUAUGAAGACCCCAAGCCAGAUCUGAUGACGCAGCCACGAAGAUGUCAUGAUUUCGUCGAUCCACCAUUGGUGAUGGACAAGUAGAUCUGUAAUCCAACUAAUAUCCACGUUUUUACUCUGUUUAGGAGUUUUCUUUUUAGCGUACAAAUCGUAAAUUAUAUAUAUAUUUCUUGAAACUUUUCAAUUAAAUCUUUUCAAUUCUUGUGU